UCGCGAGAUCUUCCCCGUUCUCACGCUCCUCCCACCGGCCGAGCUAGCUGAGGGAUGCUUGUCCGCCAUCGCGGAGGGGUUUAGUCAGCGCCGAGUAGACUAGUUCCGGUACAAGAGACUACGUUCUUCCAGCCGCGCUGCUGGGAAACAGGCCUGGAGAGAGGACGCUACAGGAGUACCUAGGUCUUGGAUAGGCCGGGCCCGGGGCCUCCUCACACCGACGCACGCCGGGGGGAGACAAGGAGGGGCCCCGGGGCCGAGAGAGGACGACGACUAGCCGACAACAUGUCGAACCUCAGCAAAGGCACCGGCAGCAGGAAGGACACCAAGAUGAGGAUCCGGGCCUUCCCGAUGACAAUGGAUGAAAAGUAUGUGAACAGCAUUUGGGAUCUGCUGAAGAAUGCAAUUCAAGAAAUCCAGCGCAAGAACAACAGUGGACUAAGUUUUGAAGAACUGUAUCGAAAUGCAUAUACCAUGGUUCUCCACAAACAUGGAGAGAAGCUGUACACGGGGCUUAGAGAAGUAGUGACGGAGCAUCUCAUAAAUAAGGUUCGAGAUGACGUCUUAAACUCUUUAAAUAACAAUUUCCUUCAGACGCUUAAUCAAGCUUGGAAUGACCACCAAACCGCCAUGGUAAUGAUUAGAGAUAUACUCAUGUACAUGGACAGAGUCUAUGUUCAGCAAAACAACGUGGAAAAUGUCUAUAAUCUGGGCUUGAUAAUAUUUCGAGAUCAAGUUGUACGCUACGGCUGCAUACGAGAUCAUCUACGGCAGACGUUAUUAGACAUGAUUGCAAGAGAGCGGAAAGGAGAGGUAGUGGACAGAGGAGCCAUAAGAAAUGCCUGUCAGAUGCUUAUGAUCCUUGGAUUGGAAGGAAGGUCCGUGUAUGAAGAGGAUUUUGAGGCACCCUUUUUGGAAAUGUCUGCAGAGUUCUUCCAGAUGGAAAGCCAGAAGUUUCUAGCGGAAAACAGUGCCUCGGUGUAUAUAAAGAAAGUAGAGGCUAGAAUAAAUGAAGAAAUAGAACGAGUCAUGCACUGCUUAGACAAAUCCACAGAAGAACCCAUCGUGAAGGUGGUGGAGCGAGAGCUCAUCUCCAAGCACAUGAAGACCAUUGUGGAGAUGGAGAACUCUGGACUAGUUCAUAUGUUGAAGAACGGAAAGACAGAAGAUCUAGCGUGUAUGUACAAGUUGUUCAGCAGAGUCCCCAAUGGCCUGAAGACCAUGUGUGAGUGCAUGAGUCUGUAUCUACGAGAACAGGGCAAAGCACUGGUUUCUGAAGAAGGGGAAGGAAAGAAUCCUGUCGAUUAUAUACAGGGUCUUCUUGACCUGAAAAGUAGAUUUGACCGCUUCCUUCAAGAAUCUUUUAGUAACGACCGUCUUUUCAAGCAAACCAUUGCUGGUGACUUUGAGUAUUUUCUUAAUCUGAACUCCAGGUCCCCUGAAUACCUUUCUUUAUUUAUCGAUGACAAGCUGAAAAAAGGAGUCAAAGGACUGACAGAGCAGGAAGUAGAAUCCAUACUUGACAAGGCAAUGGUCUUGUUUAGAUUUAUGCAAGAGAAAGAUGUAUUUGAGCGUUAUUACAAGCAACAUUUGGCCCGAAGACUUCUCACCAACAAGAGUGUGUCAGAUGACUCGGAAAAGAACAUGAUAUCCAAGCUGAAGACGGAGUGCGGUUGCCAAUUUACAUCAAAGUUGGAAGGCAUGUUCAGAGACAUGAGCAUCUCAAACACCACUAUGGAUGAAUUCCGGCAACAUUUACAGACCACAGGGGUGUCCUUAGGGGGUGUAGAUCUCACAGUCAGAGUACUUACCACUGGCUACUGGCCCACACAAUCUGCUACACCAAAAUGCAACAUCCCACCAGCUCCUAGGCAUGCUUUUGAAAUAUUUAGAAGGUUUUACCUCGCUAAGCACAGUGGACGACAGCUCACGUUGCAGCACCACAUGGGCUCAGCAGAUCUCAAUGCUACGUUCUAUGGGCCUGUCAAAAAGGAGGACGGCUCAGAGGUCGGCGUUGGAGGAGCUCAGGUUACUGGAUCUAACACAAGGAAACACAUAUUGCAAGUCUCAACCUUCCAAAUGACUAUACUAAUGCUCUUCAAUAACAGAGAAAAGUAUACCUUUGAGGAAAUUCAACAAGAGACGGACAUCCCAGAGCGGGAGCUUGUGAGGGCACUUCAGUCUCUGGCCUGUGGAAAGCCAACCCAACGAGUCCUCACGAAAGAACCCAAAUCUAAAGAAAUAGAGAGUGGGCACAUGUUCACUGUUAAUGAUCAAUUCACUUCCAAACUUCAUAGAGUUAAAAUUCAAACAGUGGCGGCCAAACAAGGUGAAUCUGACCCUGAAAGAAAAGAGACUCGACAGAAAGUUGAUGACGAUAGAAAACAUGAGAUAGAAGCUGCUAUUGUUCGGAUAAUGAAAUCUAGGAAGAAAAUGCAGCACAACGUAUUAGUAGCAGAGGUAACACAGCAAUUAAAGGCCCGAUUCCUUCCAAGUCCAGUUGUUAUUAAAAAGCGUAUUGAAGGACUUAUUGAACGUGAAUAUCUAGCACGAACACCCGAGGAUCGCAAAGUAUACACCUACGUAGCAUAGAAAAUGCGUCCUGCUAAUUGAUUUACUCUUGGACUUCAUACCCCUUCGCAUGGACUGGGAAGUUCUUUUAAAUCAUUACACGGUUACGAGCGUCAUCUAUUAAAUUACAGUACGUGUUCUAGAACAUGCACGGCGAGCCUACAAGAUUUUACGACAUCCGAUUCCCUUGGGGGGCCUUUGUAGAUAUCAUUUAUACAGUUCCUUUGUGGAAUUGUCAACACCCAGAUUUCUCUUUCUCUCGAUACUGUAUGGAAAGAAUGGGAAACGCCAAAAAGGAAAAAAAAAAUGAAUAAAAAAACAAAAAACGAAUUUAGAAAAUACAAGUCAAGUUAAUAAAAUUUUGGGGAACUUACUCCCUGCUCCCAAA